AUGGAGAAGCAGAAUAUUUAUUUCAAUCUUGUCAUUUUAACUUUAAUCUUGGUAUUUUGUGAUUUAAGUGUUAAUGGAGGGAAAUUGACAAAUGAGGAUGAAGUAGAAGGAAUCUUGACUCAAAUUGAAUCUCAAAUCAAAUAUCGUAAUUCAGCUUUCAAUUUAGCGCGAAAACCUGAUCGUCAAAUCAAAGAAACAGACGAACUCGAGGCAAAUUCAAGAGCUUCGUCAAGCUCUAAUUUAAUCUCAGAUUCUAAUCCAAAUAAUCAAUCACCCCAUCAUCAUCAUGAAACAGCAGAUCAUUUACCACCCACGCCCAAUCAAAAUACUCCAAAUCAAUUGUCAUCAAUGUCCAAUCAACAUUCUCCCGAUCAAUCGCCAUCAACGUCAAAUCUUCAUUCUUCAAAACAGUUGCCAUCAACUUCAAACAUACCUUCUCCUUCCGCUCCAAUGUCGGAUCUCAUUAAUCAAGAAGUGUAUCAUUCAAUCAAAACUUAUGAUCCCAAUACCAAGUUAGAUUCAUUGGAGCCAGUAGAUUCUAAAUUACUUCGAAAAGCUCGAACUCGAUUACAUCUUGCAUAUCAAAGUAUCAAACAAACCUUGAACGGACCGGAGCAUACUGAUUUUAUUGAUCAGAUUCGCCGUAAUACCUUGAAAAGUUGGUCUUAUAUAUUACACGUCAUGAAAUCGGCUGAUGUCAAUGAAGUUGGAAUUCCAACUGAAUUUUUGAAAAAAGUCAUGGAACCUGUCAUCAAUCGUCUCAUUCUCCGAGACCACAAUCAGAUCUUGACUUUUAGAUAUCAAGGUGAAGCUCCUGUGACUAGGAUUGUGGCAAUAUGGGCAAAAUUCUGGCGCUCAUUGGUAAACACUGAUCCUAAACCGAUUCUGCAUGAUGAAUAUGUUACAGCUUCAAUGGAUUGGAUUAUUAAUCUUAUCCUUCAUAAACUUCCUCUCGACCCUGAUUCAGUCAUGCAUGAAUCAUCUCGAGACCCUACAAACAUUGAUCUUAGGGUUGCUAGAUUUAUUGUUAGACCCGAUGGACCUGAUGUCUUGGAUAAAUUGGUUCAAGAUCUGUUCGACAUCAACUUACAAAGUCACGCUCGUCAGUUUUACAACGUUCUUAUAAAAUACAAGGAAGUAUCACCUAGCUCCCUCGAUUACAUCAUGCGUGAAGCUGAUGAUCAGUAUAGAGACCAUUUAUUCAAUCAAUACAAACAAUUCAGACAAGAUCAAAUUAGUCUUAGGUGUGCUGCAUCAGGUUUACGUCGAUCAGAUCAUCAAUCCGGUUCAGAUCGAAUUUCGCUCGGUCGUUCUAGGCACUUACCAGAAAAACUUAGACUGUUGAUGAUUGAUCAUUUCAGCAGGAUGAUAAUCAAUCAAUUGAGAUCUACUCUUGAGUCUAGAUCACCAGCUUUCAAACAAUACUCUCCAUUUAAAACUUAUUUGCAUAAAUCAUAUCCAGAAUUUAUCGAAUAUGUUACUUCGACUGGCAAAACAAGUAUAACUUUGGAUCGCAUCAUUCAUACAUAUUUAAUGCCUUUGAGAAUUUGGACAACCAUUUUAAGACAAAUGGAUCCUAAAGUCGAAGUAAACCUAGGGCAAGAUAUGUUGAGGUUCCUAGAUCUACAAGUACGUAAAGGGAUCAAAGAAGAAAUCAUUUAUAAUUGGAUUUAUGUAAUCCAUCUCACAUUUGAAGAACUUGGACUUGAAAACAGAAAUCUAUUGCAUCAAGUAUUUAUAAAAAAACAGGUUCAAGAUUGGACAUCAGGUAAAGGAAGUUUGAUUCCUCAGGCAUACCUAGAUGUUGCAAAGUUAAAGCUGGUUAGCAACUGGUUAGGUAAUGAAGUGAAAUCAUCGUUUUCCAGAAAUCAUGAAAUUUUGAAUAUACCACCUGUGCCUAAAUUCUCGGCUUCAGAUGCAAAAAAAGGUUUUAAAGAUAUCUCAUCAAAAUCUAGUUUUCAAAAAGUUUCAAAAUCACCACCUCUUCCUGCAUCUCCAGAUUCAACCCUUGAAUUGGUUUCUAAAGAUCAACAUUUAUCAACACCAUCUACAUCUCUUCAAGUUGAACAUUUAACCCCUGUACCUAAAAAUUCGAAUCCGAAUCUUGAAUUGAAUUCUCAAGAGAUCUCACCCGCUCCUAAAAAACACUCAUUCUUUGAAACUUCAAUGCCUGUACCCAAAAAUUCGAAUCCGAAUCUUGAAUUGAAUUCUCAGGAGAUCUCACCAGCUCCUAAAAAACACUCAUUCUUUGAAACUUCAAUGCCUGUACCUAAAAAUUCGAACCCGAGUCGUGAAUCAGAUCCUCAAGGAAUACCCCAAGCUCCUGCACGACAUCCAUUCUUUCAAAAUUCAAGACCAGGACCUGCAUUCAGCAAUCUAGGAUCGAGUUCAGAAGAUCUACAUAUCUCGCAACCAAGUGAUUCUCUUCAAGUGAUUCGAAACACCCCAUCACCCUUGUCCCCAGUACCUCGAUUCUCAGAAUCAAGUCUAGAACAGUUUUUUGAACCUACACUCAAAUCAAGACCUAUAACAUCUUUUCAAGUUGAUAAAGAUCAAGAAAAAGAAAUUGAUGGGUUUCUUAAUGAUCAUGAUUUUGGGUAUGAUUAUGAUCGAUCUCAUUUAGAAAAUUUAAUGAAGCCUUCUAAGAGGGCGAAAUUGCAUGAAUGA